AAGGUCAUCUGUGACAACACUUACUCCAACAAAUCCUGGAGUAUUGUAGCCCAGGGUAUGUUCCAAUUGCAAGAAAUCAAUCAGAUGGAGGGCAAGAUAUAUCAGUAUCUGGAGUGGGAACUCAAUGUGGAUCUGGUAAGUUUAUCAUGA